AUGAGGCAACCAUGUGGCAGAUACGAUUGGUACCAAGAUGCCAACAGCCUCUCCAUAGUGCUCUACACCAACUCGGUGGUACCGGAUAGUGUCAAUGUUGCCUGGAGCAACGGCACGCUCAGUAUAACUUACACCGUAGCUACGUCUAGCGACGAUGGUGUGGCCACAAAUGAGUCGAACAGCGGGGAGGCAAACAGGAUCGAUCUGACCUUGUUCGCACCUAUAGCAGAUUCCUGUGGCGCCUCUAAUGUGUACAAUAUAGAAUGCAGUAAGAACAAAGUCGAGAUACGAUUGCCUAAGGCUAACAGCGGGUGGUGGCCUGUCCUGGAGAAGAAGCGGGACCUGCAGAGCACCAAACCGCCUACAUACAGCAAGCUACUGCGUGACAUGUAUGCCAGGGGCGACGAUGACACCAGACGCGCCAUGGCGAAAUCCUUCGUAGGUUUAUUUACUGGAAUCGAACGACGUGGGACAGAGCACAUCUGGAGGUACUGUGCUGUCUACUGA